ACAUAUCAUGGAAACUUUGAUCGAAAUAUAAAACAUUAUUCAUUAACGUUCAAUUUUAUUUCUGAGCAACGCAAAUUGUUAUAAUGACAUUUAGUGUUGCGCAUAUUAAUGUCAGAUCGCUCCUUAAUAAUUUUCAGACUUUUUCGGAAAGGAUUUUGCCAUUUUCGUAUGACGUAGUAGGCGUUACAGAAACAUGGCUAAAUGGUAACGUUCAUACUGACGCUAUUAAUCUCGAUACCUAUGUAUUCAUUCGGUCAGAUAGACAAACUAGUAGAGGUGGUGAUUUUGGUGUCUACCUAAAAGGUAAUAUUCCUUAUUCACUAAUACUUAAUCAAGUCACCCAGAGUAUUGAGCACUUAUGGGUUAAGCUAUACUUAUCAAAUUUGACAUUGGUUCUAGGUGUGAUUUACAGACCCCCUAACUCUGAGAUGCAAUCGUUCCUAUCAACCAUAGAGGAUACUUUAGCGGAUAUAUAUCCACAAGAAGUGUACCCCAUUAAUUACCAUCAUGUCCGCUCCUGGAGUAACAUCAAGCGCUUCCAACCGUCGUCAGAAACGUAUGGGCCCCGCACCUUUUGCUUCUUUCGAGGACCUCUCAGACGAGUUGGAUAGUCCGGAGGAUAAGCACCUGGGGCCUUCUGUGGUUCGUCUGCCGGGCAUUCGAGAGGAUGCGACGCCAUGCACGCCGGUUCCGGAUUGUAUUUACACGGUAACAGGGGCACCGACCCCUGCACGCUCUAGCACCCCACCAAGCACAACAAUUUCAUCAUUGUCAACACCGCAGGAGUCUCAGACUAGUACCAAAAUGAGCCUACAAACACCAAGUACGCCUAGAAUCGAUAUAUCAAGAGCUAGUAGUUCCUCACAUCACGAAGAUAGUCGAGACAGCACACCUGAAAGAGAGCUUUUUGACGGACACGAACAUGGAAGUGCCAAAUUAGGGUUAGCGUUUAAAGAAGAAGGCGCUCUCGACCUGCGGUCUUCCACCGAAGAAUUAGACUUUCACGAUCCGCAAGAGAAAACGAAAGGGCACAGGGAACGGCCACAAUCGCCUUGUUACCACGAUUGUCAACGUAAAGAUUCGCAAAGCUCCGAAAUAGGCUUACUCUCAAUUUCUGGAAGAACCUCACGAUUAUCUAGCAUCGGUAGCCAGGGAUCUGCACAUAGCAGAAUAUCUAACGUUAGUCAUUUAUCUAUCGUAUCGGGGCAGUCCGGAAGAUCACCCUCGCCUCACAAAAUGUUAUUGGAGACUUCCUUCUGUGGAUAUAAAUCGCCAGUAUCCCUCCCACAGCCGGUGGGUCAACAUGAAGGCAAAAUUGACGCGGAAGUUUUAGAAAAGGUACUGUUGGCACGCAAACAUGAUCCACGAGAAGCGAUUUUGGCGGAGGGAAUCACGAUGGAAAAGAAAGCAAAAAUGGAAUCGAAAAAAUCCGCCGAGAAAGUUCCAAAGUCGUCUCAAAAGCUAAACCCGGAUAUCACCAUAACAGUUCAGAACCCUAGCGAAGUCGACAAGCCGAAACUUCCAAGAACUUUUGUAUCCCCUAGCGGGGUGGAAUAUAUUUACAUACCUCUGAAGGGUCCCCUACCGCGCGACGACAGAAAAGGAAGCAUCCAAAGGGUGGUGUCGGCCUCGCAUGCGAGACCGACGGUUCAAGCAAAAGGCAAGGAAGCUCCUCUCGGUAAAAGUCGGUCAAAGUCGGCGUGUACUUCGCCAUCUAUUCAAAAAUCGCCUUCGGUUCGUAGCAAUGAAGAACCCAAGUAUAUACGAAUUAAAUUGAAACCUGAUCACAUGUAUGAAGACGACGAUAGUAGGACAGAUGUGAGGAAACCUGCGUGUUUAAAUUUGCACGAAGGUAGCAAAAAACAAUUUCAAUCGUUUACGCAGGUAGUUAGUGAACCUCCAGCUGAAAAUUUGCACUCUAUAGCUCACGCACCCGAGAAACCUAUCGCCGGAGCAAGCCCUCAACCUACGCGGCACAAAGUCCUUAAAGAGCCUGCGAGUAGUAAAACACCGUCCCCGUCUCUGUCUAGAAGAAGCUCAUUCACAUCGCUGUUUAAAAGCCGCGAGACCGUGGUCAGUCCCGAUUCACCCACUGUAGCCGGUUUUAAGCGUAAGAACACCAUAUCGGGUAUUUUGAAGGACGCAAGCGAGAAUAUAAGGGAAAGAACUAGGAGUAGGUCUAAAAGUAGAGAAAGGGAUAAAUCCUCUGUAUCCACUGCCCCAUCGUCCACCGAAAGCAUCGAUAGCGCUAAAUCGAAACCACAAAAGUCGGUGUUGUCCAUCUUCAAGCCCAAAAAAAGCACAAAAUCGAAGUCUGACUCGGCGAGCACGUCGCCCGAGAAGUUUCCCAACAUUGAUGCCAUCACGAACGUAGAGUUUCAAUUCGACAGUUCUCAGUCGAGUAGUAAAAAGUAUUACGAAACCCCCCUCCCCGGUGAAAGUAUACGGAUACCACUCCAUUCGCCUACUCAUUACGAGGACCAAUCUAUUUUACAAGAAUUUAAAAGUUCUAGUCAAGAUUCUCAAGAAACUGUCAUAGACACAACAAAGCGAGUGGCUGUUGAUAUCGAACACGACACCCCAACUCCAACACCGACAGUCAGCGCCGAAGUUAGUAAAAGACAAAACAGCCCCGGUAGCGAAAAUGUAGUUUUUACAACGCAGUUAGGUAGCAAUAACGAUUUAUUCACAACAAAGAUACCGAAGGAGAAACAAACGAGUAAAACGCCAAACGAAAUUAAACCCGAAAUUAACCAAAACGGGAUUGUAACUUUUCUAGCGAGUAACGAAAAAAAUCCGCCGGCGAUCGACAAAAGCGUAACACUCAACGAACUCAAGAGAGUGGCCGUCGAUGACGAGGAACGAAAUAAGAUCACGAAAACGGAAAGCUUGAAUUUGACAAAAGCCAUCGUGGCGUCGAUGAGUGAGCAUCAGCUUUCCAAGGAAGCAGUCAUCAAGGAACUGACCGAGGGUUCGAAAUUUUUGCGGAAUUCCGUAUUGGGUUCGCUGACUAACGAAGAGCGUUACUCCUCGGAAUCGGAGAAAGAUAGUGAACUCGAUUAUUUAAAGGCGAAGAAAGAGGAGGAGAAAAUGGAAGUGGAAGUGGUCGAACCGGAGCGGAAGGGUCUGGUGCUUCAACAGGAUUCCUUCGACGAUGAGUUGCCCUACGUUCCAACUACGCUGCCGCUGGAAAGAUCAGUCGCGGUUCCGAUAGUACCUGUAAAACAACGAGGAAGUUUCGAGGUGAGAACGUAUCCCAUCGAAAGGCCCAGAUCGACGACCCCGAUUAAUCUAAGCACGCUGGAAGAUUACUGUGAAGACGUUGUCGGAUAUAUCAACACCGAUAACAUUACCAAAGCGAUUGAGAAGUUGAAGAUCUCUCUACCAAAGGAUGACGCACCCGAACGUGUUACGAAGGCAAAAUCUCCAAGAAAACCAACCGGUGGUGGCGCAAACUGGUUUGCGUUCACGGAUAAGGGGGCGAAGUGGACUUCUCCUACUCAAGAAGGAUCUCCCCCACCGUUACCCCCCAAAGGGAUGCAAAAGGAGUGGAUUAACUUUGAGGAAAUUCCGGAACGGCGAAAACCCCCGCGUAGAAUUCAAACAAUUCCGUCUCGGGGAACGAUUGAGGUACCCGAAUCCGUUUUACAGGAGCACGUCGUUUACAGUUACGUAAACCCCGAAGAUUGCAAAUGCGAAUGCCACGAGUUGGCGAGGGAGCGAGAGCACCAAACCCGGCAGCAGGAGGAGACUCGUGUCCAAGAAGACGAGGUACCUUUAUUGGAAGACGAGCCGAUAGAAGAAGAGAAGAGUUCGCAGGAGGUGGAUCGGAUUAAAGUGGAAACGACACAGUUCGACAGGCGGAGCAUUAUUAGUGAUUCCUCUUUAGAUCUAAGUACAACGUUGCUAGAAGACCGGGAUUUUAUGGACAAAUUGGCCGCUAAAGUUGCAAUGUCCAUUGAGAAAAAGUUGGAGGAUUUCAAAAUACAAACGGAGGGCCGGUUGAAUAAUCUGAAGAAAGAAAAUGUAAAGCUAGCUACUGAAUUGGACGAAUUAAAGCAGUAUUCGAGAAGGAAUAAUAUCCGCGUUUUUGGUAUUCCCGAAACUUCAGGUGAGAAUGUUGAAGAUAAGUUUCUAUCUGUUACAAAAGAUAGAAUGUCCAUUGUCCUUAUGCCGAACGAAAUUGAGCGCUGUCACCGCAUUGGCAAGAAAAUUAACAAUAAACCACGUCCCGUCAUCAUCAAAUUCAUGAGUUAUAAAACUAAGGCGCUACUGUACUUAAAUGAUAUCGGUCUGGAUUGA